AUGGUAGUCCGACGCCGUGGCGCGCCGCUGCCGCCCGCGCCUCGCCGUGCCACACGGUCUCAGAGCCGGGUGGACCGCAUCAGCGCACUCCCGGACGACCUCCUCCAGGUCCUCACCCGCCUCCGCUGCACCCGCACCGCCGCGCGCACAGCCUUUCUCUCCCGGCGGUGGCGCCGGGUCUGGCCUUGCCUCCUGGAGGUCUCCUUCCGCGGGCUCGCGCCCAACGUGAUCGCCCGGUUCACCCGCACUUCGUUGGAGGCCAUCGACAUCCACGUCUGCAGGGGCACGGGACAUCGCGUGCUGGACGCGGGCUGCGUCACCUCCUUGCUCCACGCCGCCGCGGGUCGGUCGCCGGUAAAGCUUGCCCUCACCAUCCCGGUGUUCCUAUACUUCCCUGUCGCUCUGCCCCGCUUCGAUUUCGCCACAUCGAUCGAACUGGACGUGUGGGACGUCCGCUUCGCCCUGCCGGCGACGACGGAGUUCCCCAAGCUGGAGACGCUGUCCCUCUCGGGCUGCAUCACGGAGCUCGCCGCCUUGGUGCCCCGCUGCCCGCGCCUGCGCGUUCUCAGCGUCACCAGGACUCCGCACGAGGUGGACACGAUCACGGUGGACUCGGCGUCGCUCCAGGAGCUCGUCGUGACGUUCCGGUCCACGUCCACCAUCGACAUCGUGGCGCCCGCGCUCAGGAAGCUGGCGCUGGCCUCGCUCCCAGACAACAGCUUGUCGGUGGUGGCACCAAUGGUGGAGGAGGUCACUUGGAGGUGCUUGUACUACUCCAUGUAUGUUGGGAUUGGCACAAUGUGGCGUGUCUUCUCCAUCAACAUACGGGCGGUGGAGAAGAUGGAUCUCACCGACGACGACAACGGCGACGACGAGGGUAGCCAUCAGCCCCGUCGUGCCCAUGUCCUGUCGCUGGACAUACUUGACACCCCUUAUCCUUCACAGAGGGAUUUUGCAGAAGAAUUGGAGAAAAUCCCUGUUACCACCUUCUCUGUCCUAGAGCUGAAGAUCGCAACAUGGAGCCAUGUUCUUGGACCACUGCUGUUGAACCUGCUUCGGAUUUGCACUGCAGUGCAAAGGCUUGACAUGGUUCUUGUGGAUACCCCGGUGCAAGUGACAGACUCUUGCGACAAAUGGUGCCCUUGUCAGGAGAAUAAUAGGAAAUGGAGAAUAAUAGGUGCAAGUGACAGACUCUCGAUCGAUCUCACAGAAGUGCAGAUCGAAGGAUUCAAAGGUGAUGAUGCUGAAAUCGAUUUCCUAAAAAUGCUCUUCAGAUGUGCCCCCAUGCUUGAGACGAUGACUCUGAAAUUGUCUGACGAGGUCACUGAUGACUGGUGUUGGAAACUGCCACUGCCAGAUCCCUACUUUUGUGCUGUGCGCAAAAUCGCUGCAUUUCUUCUAGUUCCUCGCUCGCCUAAACUGAGUGUUUGGCUGUUUGCGCAUUGCGCUACUGCGUACAACAACCUGCUUGCUCCUUUGUGCUGA